CGUCCCGCGAGUGUCAGCACGCCGAGCUGAGCCAGGGAGCGCCUCAAGUCCCCGCAGCGCCCGCGCCCUCUCCGCCCGGGGCCAUGCCCGGGACUCCCCGGCGCGCCGCGGGCCGGCGCCUGCAGCUGCCCCUGCUGUGCCUCAUCUUCCAGGGCGCCACCGCCAUCCUCUUUGCCAUCUUCGUUCGCUACAACCGCGAGACCGAUGCUGCCCUCUGGCACGGGGGCAACCACAGUAGCGCAAACAAUGAAUUUUACUUUCGCUACCCAAGCUUCCAGGACGUGCACGCCAUGGUCUUCGUGGGCUUUGGCUUCCUUAUGGUGUUCCUGCAUCGCUAUGGCUUCAGUAGCGUGGGCUUCACCUUCCUCCUGGCUGCCUUUGCCCUGCAGUGGUCCACAUUGGUCCAGGGUUUCCUCCACUCGUCCCAUAGCAGCCACAUCCACGUUGGCGUGCAGAGCAUGGUCAACGCGGACUUCUGCGCCGGGGCCCUGCUCAUCUCCUUGGGCGCCAUCCUGGGCAAGACCGGGCCUGCGCAGCUGCUGCUCAUGGCCCUGCUGGAGGUGGUGCUGUUCGGUGCCAAUGAGUUCGUGCUCCUCCAUCUCCUGGGGGUGAGAGACGCUGGCGGCUCCAUGACCAUCCACGCAUUCGGCGCCUACUUCGGGCUGGUCCUCUCUCGGGUCCUCUACAGGCCCCGGCUGGAGAAAAGCAAGCACCGCCAGAGCUCCACCUACCAUUCCGACCUUUUUGCUAUGAUUGGGACCAUCUUCCUGUGGAUCUUCUGGCCAAGCUUCAAUUCUGCACCCACGUCACUGGGGGACACGCAGCACCGGACAGCCCUCAACACCUACUACUCCCUGGCCGCCAGCACACUGAGCACCUUUGCCCUGUCAGCCCUGGUCGGCGGGGGCGGGCGGCUCAACAUGGUUCACAUCCAGAAUGCAGCACUGGCUGGUGGGGUUGUGGUGGGCACAUCGGGUGAAAUGAUGCUGACACCCUUCGGGGCCCUGGCAGCUGGCUUCUUGGCUGGGACUGUCUCCACGCUGGGGUACAAGUUCUUCACGCCCAUCCUUGAAUCCAAAUUCAAAGUCCAGGACACUUGCGGUGUCCACAACCUCCAUGGGAUGCCAGGCAUCCUGGGGGCCCUUCUGGGGGUCCUUGUGACUGCACUGGCCACCCACGAAGCUUACGGAGAUGGCCUGCAGAACAUCUUUCCACUCAUAGCUGAGGGCCAGCGCAGCGCCAGGUCGCAGGCCAUCUACCAGCUCUUUGGGCUGUUUGUCACACUGGCGUUUGCUUUUGUGGGCGGCAGUCUUGUUGGGCUCCUGCUGAGGCUGCCCUUCCUGGACUCUCCCCCGGACUCCCAGUGCUAUGAGGACCAGAUUUACUGGGAGGUACCAGGUGAGCAUUCGGAUGAAGCCCAGGCACCUCUCAGCAUGGAGGAGCCAGACACUCGGGCCUGAUGUGCUGCCAGCUCUGCAGAGGACACCCCCUUUUAGAAGGCAGCAGGGAGCUGCAGCUCAGCCUCGGAGCACUUGCCCAGCGUGUGUUAGAACCAGGGUUUGAUCCCCAGCACUGCAGCAGGAAGAUGAUGAUAUUUGGCUCCUCCUAGUGAAGUCUUUUAGCUCCCUCCUCUCCUGCUUCAAGGAAGAAGCCUCCUGUCCCUAAAGACAGCUCCCCCGUGGGGAGGGGGAGGCAAGGCUGUAACUGGCCACCAGCCUGCACACGUGGGUGAAGGGCCCACAGCGAAGUGCCCAGGGGCUGCCAGUUUAGGGGUCCGUGUCACAGUUACAGUGCAGCCUGGGCAGGCCUAGCUGUCUGGGGCGAUAAACACCAUGGUCACCAAGGA